AUGGACUGUGGCGUGGACGGGAAACCGCAGGAGCGGCCGAGCAAAAGACAGAAGACCGAGGACGAAGCCGCGAAAGCUUCCUCGUGGCAGCAAGCACUCGGCGCAGCCCCAAUGCAAGACAUCUCAAGCUCCCCCGAAGGGGAGACGCCCAUCAUCGGUAAUGAAACGGAUGCAACGCCUGCCACACCGCAAGGUAGCCACACUGACGAUACCCAGCAAAUCACGCUGCCCCAAUGCCCUGGCCUAUCCCUCCGGGACAGAGUCAAGGAAACGCACGGGAUCCUCACCGGUAUCAUACCCCUGCGGCGAGUCGAUUAUUACAAGGCCUGCAGAGUUAUGGCAGACGCCCUCAUUUUCGAUUGCUGCUGGGAGAAGUAUUACCGCGCCGUGAAGGCGGCAGGCGGCUGGGUGCCGGAGGCCUGGAUCAUCGUGGGGGAUAGUCCCGGCUGGGUAGAAAGUAUCGUUGAACGCUGGAAGAACGACGAUGACAGGCAACGACAGGAAGAGACCAUCUACUGGGAUUGGUAUUAUGACGAGAAGCCGCCAAUCUACGAAGAGAGGAAGGCACUUACCGACAAAGCCAUGACCAUCUGGAGGUGGAUCGGGCAAAACUACAAACGUCCCAUCACCGCUGAGGAAUACGGUGCCCGCUUUCCGGAGAGCAUGUACAGAACGCACAGUGUCGACCAGGCUCGGGACAUUGAGAUACAGAUCAUUCGCCCUCAAGAGGACGGGGCCGCCUCUGGCGUGCGGAGACGCAGGGCGACCCGGCAGGACCCUGCUUUCUUAACGACGACUCUGCCAAGGGAUGUCCCAACGCGUGCGCAACUUGAAGAGCAAUUGCGGCUGCGGGAAAUAUGGUCAGCGAGAAGCGUUGCACCAAAUGUGUCCAGGGGGGAUGAUGAUAUAAACAUGUGUGCUUGA